ACAAAAAGAAAGAUCAAAUUUUCAAUUUUUCAGGCAUAAAAUACUUUCCUCCAAUUUCUUCGGAGACUCAUGGAUUUUCCGGCCGUGAAGCGAUCGCUGGAGGCGGCGGCGGUGGAGAUCCUACCGACGCCGAUGCUCGACUCUCUGCCCUCUAAAUUUUAUGACGCUUUCAUCCUCCAUGGGCUCAGCGUCGACCUCAUCGAAGCCGGCCGACUCCUCUGCUCCAUGGCCAUCCCUCCACGCUUGCUCAACACCGGCAAGUUCUUGCACGGUGGCGCCACAAUUUCGUUGAUUGAUAUUGUGGGCUCCGCUGUCUUCUACACUGUCGGCGCUCGGACGACUGGUUCUCCACUCGAGAUAAGCACCUCAUUUUUGGACUCUGCCUUUGUUCAUGAGGAAAUUGAGAUAGAAGCUAAGGUUCUAAGAAUUGGAAAAGCUAUCGGGGUAGCUAACAUAGACCUACGGAAAAAAAAGAAUGGGAAGCUAUUUGCACAGGCGCGCUAUACUAAGUACCUUGGUGUAACUAGCAAUAUAUGAUAUGAUCUCACCUUGCUGCUUGUCAUAAUAUGCUU